AUGGCAAGUCAUUUCCCUUGUCCCUGUUUUUUCCCACCCACCCACCAUUUCUCCGUCUCCCUUUUCGUGCAGGUGGUACCUGCCUCAAUUGUCACCUCCCUCCUCGAGGCCUGCAGGGGAGGUGCUUUUGAAGCUGUUCAGUCUGUUGUCACUGCCGCUGUUGCUGAUGGGUACCCUGCUGCGCAAAUACUCUCCCAGUCUGCCAUCACUACCACAGUUUCUGGCGGCUACCCUGCUGCGCAAAGCUCUCCCCAGGUAACACAGCAUAGGGUUACCACCAUCAUCUUCUCCAAAGUUCAGCCUGCUGUCACUGCUUCUGUUACUGACGGCUAA